AUGGCUUCUUUACCUACUGGUUUCUCACCUGUUGCCUCUCCAUUCAAGCCGGGAACCAAGCCCAAAGUCACUCAUGCUCUGGAAAGCAUCCACCUAGGCAACUGCAAUGCAGUUCCAAAAAUGGACUUUUCCUCACCCUCAUCACCUAAGAUCUUUGCAUCUCCUCCAUCUCAGCAACAGUGGACAAGGAAAUUGAUUGAAAUGACUCGAAAGACUUUCGUAAGGAAGCGCCAGUCAGAGAAUCUUCGGUCCAAGACGCAACAGAAGAACCGCCGCAAGGAUGGACUGUUUCGGAAGGCCUAUCAAUACUGCAUUGAAUGUGAUGCAGAUGUUUAUGUCGUCCUUCGCAUCAGGAGGAAUGGUCAGAUCUAUGUCUUCAACUCCGACUCCACUGGGGAGUGGCCGCCUUCCAAAGAACAAUUAAACAAAUAUUACCUGUUCCAAUCCAGAAGAACCUAA